CUUCCUCCCCACCUUUUCACUCUGUCUCCUCAAUUACAUGCUUCUCUUCCAAGCCCUUAACAAACAACCAAACCCUAAUCUACACUCUUUUUAAAGGGCUGAAGAAGAAGAAGAAGAAGAAUAAGAAGUAGGAGAAGAAGAAUAUGGGAUCCAUGAACUCCAACAAUUGGCUUUCCUUUCCACUUUCACCCACUAAUCCCUCUUUGCCUCCACAUCUUCAAACACCAACUCAUGCCCAUCACUUCUCUUUGGGAAAUUUGGAGAAUGACAAUAUGGAUAUCCCAUUUCAAACCCACGAGUGGAAUCUGAUAAGUGGUCAAGGUGGAGGUGAAGUUCCGAAAGUAGCAGACUUUUUAGGCGUAAGCAAGGCAGAAAAUGAGGCAGAUCUCAUUGGGUUUAACCAAAUUCAUGAAGCGAAUGAUACGGAUUACUUGUUUCCAAUCACAAGAUUGGUUCCUCUUCAACAACACCCAACACCCGCGGCUGCUCCCAUCAAUAUGGACUCUACUACUAACUAUGACCCUCAAGAUAACUCCAACAGCUUGCAGUCUUUGACACUUUCAAUGGGCAGUGGGAAGCCCUCUACUUGUGAAACCAGCUCCACCCCUGACAAUGCAAACAAUAAUACCACUCUCGAUGUCACUCCUAGAAGAACUUUGGACACUUUUGGGCAAAGGACUUCAAUUUAUCGCGGAGUGACCAGGCAUAGAUGGACGGGAAGGUAUGAAGCACAUUUAUGGGAUAAUAGUUGCAGGAGGGAAGGGCAGUCGAGGAAGGGUCGCCAAGUCUAUUUGGGUGGGUAUGACAAAGAAGAUAAAGCAGCUAGGGCUUAUGAUCUUGCUGCAUUGAAGUAUUGGGGAACAUCCACCACCACCAACUUUCCUAUUAGUAACUACGAGAAGGAAGUUGAGGAAAUGAAGCACAUGACAAGACAAGAAUUUGUGGCUUCCAUUAGAAGGAAGAGUAGUGGGUUUUCAAGGGGCGCGUCAAUGUAUCGUGGAGUUACAAGGCACCACCAGCAUGGGAGAUGGCAGGCUAGGAUUGGCAGAGUGGCAGGAAACAAAGAUCUUUAUUUGGGAACCUUCAGCACGGAAGAGGAGGCAGCAGAGGCAUACGACAUAGCGGCCAUAAAAUUCAGAGGGCUUAAUGCAGUCACCAACUUUGACAUGAGCCGUUACGACGUGAAAAGCAUACUAGAGAGCAACACGCUCCCAAUAGGCGGCGGUGCUGCCAAACGUCUGAAAGAGGCACAAGCCAUCGAGUCGUCUCGAAAGCGGGACGAAAUGAUUGCGCUUGGUUCCUCCUCUUCUUUCCAAUAUGGAAGCUCAUCAUCGUCUAGUAAUUCCUCCAAUCACAGGCUACAACAACAACAACAACCCUCUUACCCUCUACUCCAACAGCCUAAUUUGAAUAUGGACCACCAUCACCACCACCACCACCACCACCUUCAAACCCAGCCUUUCCUCUCUCUUCAAAACCACCACGACAUUUCUCAAUACACCAACGAUCCCUCCUCCUUUCACCACUCUUCUACUUACAUGCACACCCAACUCCAGCUUCACCACCACCAAUCUGAUAAUGCCCCUUAUCCUAACAACAACAACAACAACCAUCAAUUCUACGGCGGCGCUGGUGGUGGGUAUCUUCAUAACCAUCCGGGUUUGCUCCAUGGGAUGAUCAACAUGGGCGGCGGUGGCGGAGGGUCUAAUUUGGAGAGUAGUAACAACAACAAUAAUGCGUUGUCCAGUGCAAAUCAUUUUGAGAAUCCUAAUAAUAAUAGUAAUGGAGGGUAUCUUGGGAAUGCAUUUGGGAUGGGUUCUACAUCGGCCACCGCGAACAACGGCGCCCCAGCUGAAGAAUACGCACUGGUUAAGGUUGACUAUGAUAUGCCGCCUAAUGCUGGUGGGUAUGGUAGCUGGUCGGGGGAUUCGGUGCAGGGUUCUAACCCUGGGGUUUUCUCCAUGUGGAACGAUUGAUAUAUGAUUAUAAUGAAUUAUUAAU